UGCAGCAGGGUUUUAGGUGGAAUACAGGGAAUGAAUCCGCUCUGGCAAUAUUAAAUAUUGCAAUUCCAACUGAGGGUGAUUUUAUGGCCAUUUUGAAGGUGCUUAUCAUAACUAACUGACCCAAACAAACGGUCACUCUUGAAAGAACUACAAUACCUGCACACGAAUGAUAUCAUCAUCUCGCGCCGAUAACAACAAGCAUGGCUGUACAGAACAGUUCGCUAGCCAAAUUGCAGUCUUUAAAUGGUAUAUUUGCCAUUUAUAAGAAACAGGGUCCCACCUCCGCGGAUGUGUUAAACGUGCUGAAGAAGGCGCUUUUAAAAGAGGCAGGUGUUGCAAAUCCCAAUCCUCGCAAAAGGAAGAAGCAACCUUUAAAAAUUGGCCAUGGUGGCACCCUGGACAGCAAUGCUUCUGGUGUACUUGUGGUUGGAAUUGGUGAAGGAACAAAGAUGCUCACCACGAUGCUUGCAGGAUCAAAGAAAUACAGAGCUGUUGCAGAGUUAGGCAAAGCAACUGAUACGCUUGACGUCACAGGAAAUGUUGUUGAAGAGAAGAGUUAUGAUCACAUCACAAAAGAGGCUUUUGAGGAGGAGCUGAGGCAGUUUACGGGUGAAAUUAUGCAGGUUCCACCUCUAUAUUCAGCCCUGAAGAAGGAUGGCCAGCGCAUGUCUGUCCUGCUCAAGCAAGGUCAAGAGGUUGAGGCUAAACCUGCACGUCCAGUCACAGUGUACAGUCUCUCUUUACAGGACUUCAGCCCGCCAUAUUUCACCAUAGAUGUUGAGUGUGGAGGUGGGUUUUAUGUCAGAAGCUUGGUUGAUGAUCUUGCAAAAGCUCUGUCAUCCGGUGCUCACAUCAAGGAACUCACUCGGACCAAGCAGGGUCAGUUCACCCUGGAAGAGCACGCAUUGAAGGAGGAUCGCUGGACAUGGACAGAUAUCUCACAGGCUCUGCAGCCCUGCCCAAAGCCAGCGGGGCAACAAAAGAAUGCCAAGAAAGCUAAAUCAAAGCAUAAACCCACCUCAUCUGAAUCUGAGGGUGACAAUGGUGAUCAAAACGAUUAAAGGUGAUGAAACAACCCAUCUGAUACACAAAUUACAUUUUCGGUGAGAGAACUGUAAGAAAUUGUCUGGUCCACUCUGAUUUGAUCUGGCCUCUACUACCAUCCAUGUGUAUCCACCUUCAUGGCCAAGUGAGGAUAAAACAGGUGGCAUCAUCAAAAUAGAUAAUGGAUUAUUAAUGAAUCUGAAUUCACUUAAAG